AUGGGGGAUGUAAAAUCUUUCCUUCAUCAAUUUUGUGCUAAGAGAAAGUUAGACCCUCCUAAUUUUGAAAUAAGACCAACAGGUCCUAAACAUAGGCAAAGGUUUCUCUGUGAAGUGCGGGUUCCAACUUUUGAUUAUGUUGGAGCUGGAAAUUCAACAAAUAAAAAAGAUGCUCAGAGCAAUGCUUCUAAAGAUUUUAUAAAUUAUUUGGUAAGAAUGGCUCAUGUAAAAGCUGAGGAAGUUCCUGAUGAUGCGGGUAUUGAAGCUUCUGCUCAACCUGAGCCAGCACCCGCUGAGGGCACUACCCACAAAGUAUUUCAGGAUGGAUUGGGUCCAAAUGAUUUGGGUGUGGCGUAUCGCCCAAUAAAUGAUGACUUGGAUCCUGAAUUUCUUAAAAGACGCAAUGCUGAGAACAAGAAACUUGUAGAAGAUGCUGAAGAUCUUGAUGUUAAUGCUACGAUUCAUGGAAAUUGGACUGUGGAAAAUGCAAAAUCUAAAUUACAUCAAUUUAUGCAAGUUAAUAAGAUUAACGCUGAUUAUAAAUAUUCAACAGUGGGGUCUGAUCACUCAAGGAGUUUCUGUGCUGAGAUGACUAUAUUCGUUAGACAGUUAAAAAGAUCUAUUACUGGCAGAGAAACAGGUUCUAACAAACUGACCGCAAGCAAGAGUUGUGCCUUGUCAUUAGUGAGACAGCUUUUUCAUUUGGGCGUUAUUGAACCAUACUCUGGAACUUUAAAAAAAGAUAAAUCAAAAGAAAAUCAAGUUCCUAAGUUUCCUGUCAAGAUAAGUCCAGAUCUUCACAAUAGAAUUAGGGAAUGCUUGGACAAGUUGAAUAUUACGCCAGGAAAAAUUGAACGUACUGAAAAUGAUAAAAAACAAAUUUCAGCACCAAUAUCCUUGCUGUCCGAACAUAUCUUGAAUGCUUUUGAAGACAGUGCACCACAAGCAGCUGGUGUUGUACCUUGGUCACCACCACAGCCUAAUUGGAAUCCCUGGACUGGGUGUAACAUAGAUGAAGGUCCCUUGGCAAAUGCUUCUUUAGACGAGCUGAGUGAUCAAUUAUUACAUCAUCAUAGAGAUCGAUUACAGAAUAACACUGAUUUACAGAAAAGCAUUAAGGAAAGAGAACAGCUGCCUGUAUAUAGCAUGAAAGGGCAAAUUAUGGAAGCAAUCAAUGAGCACCCUGUAAUAUUAAUUCGUGGAAAUACUGGAUGUGGUAAAACUACUCAGGUGUGCCAAUUUAUUCUGGAUGAUUACAUUGCUUCUGGUUCAGGAGCUCUUUGUAACAUUGCAGUUACACAACCACGCAGAAUCUCUGCUAUAUCUGUUGCCGAACGUAUAGCUAAUGAAAGAGCUGAAGAUCUAGGAGAAAGUUGUGGUUAUUCCGUGAGAUUUGAGUCUGUACUGCCUAGAGCAUAUGGUUCCAUAUUGUUCUGCACAGUUGGUGUCUUGUUGCGAAAGCUAGAAUCCGGUCUUAGGGGAGUCAGUCAUGUUAUAAUUGAUGAGAUUCAUGAAAGAGAUGUUAAUAGUGACUUUGCUAUGGUUGUUUUGCGUGAUAUGAUUCACACUUAUCCAGAUCUACGUUUGAUUCUGAUGUCGGCCACAAUUGACACUACACUGUUUUCUAAAUACUUUGCUGAUUGUCCAGUUAUUGAAGUUCCAGGACGUACACAUCCAAUCCAACAACUUUUCUUGGAAGAUUGUAUUCAAGUGACUAGCUUCAUUCCUAGUGCUGAUUCGCGUAAGAGAACAAAAGCAAAGGACCAGGAAGAAGAAGGAACUAUUGCACCUGAAGAUCAAGAUCAAGAUCUCAACAAAGUUAUUGAUCCUUUAUAUGGACCUCAAGUUAAGAACUCUAUGGCUCAGAUAUCAGAAAGAGAGGUUAGUUUCGAAUUGGUCGAAGCCAUUUUGAAGUAUAUAUCAGACAAAGAACCUGGUGCAGUCUUAGUUUUCUUACCUGGUUGGAAUUUGAUCUUUGCUAUGUUGAAGUUUCUGCAGUCUCAUCCAAUAUUUGGUACACCUAAGUAUGUGAUUCUGCCCUUGCACUCUCAGCUUACAAGAGAAGAUCAAAGGAGAGUAUUUUUAAAUGUGCCAACAAACUGUAGAAAGAUAAUUUUGUCAACAAACAUAGCAGAAACCUCAAUUACUAUUAAUGAUGUGGUGUAUGUGAUAGAUUCAUGUCGAGCAAAGAUGAAGCUGUUUACUUCUCAUAAUAACAUGACAAGUUAUGCAACUGUUUGGGCUUCUAGAACAAAUUUGGAGCAAAGAAAAGGUAGAGCUGGCCGUGUUCGUCCAGGAAUGUGCUUUACACUCUGCUCAAAAGCUAGACAUAAGGCUUUAGAUGAGCACAUGCUUCCAGAAAUGUUCAGAACUCCACUUCAUGAAUUGGCCCUGACAAUAAAGUUAUUGCGCCUGGGGCCAAUUGGCAAAUUUUUAAGCAAGGCUAUUGAACCACCGCCAUUAGAUGCAGUCAUAGAAGCAGAGGUGUUGUUGCGUGAUAUGAAAUGUUUGGAUAAGAACAAUGAACUUACACCUUUGGGGAAAAUUCUUGCUAAACUACCUAUAGAACCAAGACUUGGAAAAAUGAUGGUAUUGGGGGUAAUUUUCCAACACGGAGAUGCAUUAGCAACCAUGGCUGCCAAUUCAAGCACUUUUCCUGAAAUUUUUGCAAUGGAUGAUGGAAGACGUAGACUUGCCAAUCAUCAAAGGGCUUUAGCUGGUGAUCGGCAUUCAGAUCAUGUGGCAAUGCUGAAUGCUUUUCAGAUGUGGCAUGACGCUUCAGAAAAAGGUCCAGAGGCUGAACAAAACUUUUGCGAAUGGAAAGGUUUAUCCCAACCAACUAUGCGCAUCACAUGGGAAGCGAAGAGUCAAUUAUUGGGAUUGCUUUCAUCUGUUGGUUUUCCAGAGGAAAGUAUGUGCCAUGAGCGUCAUAAUGCUGUUGGACCAAAUCCUAAUUUGGAUAUGAUAAUGGCAUUGAUGUGUAUGGGAUUAUAUCCCAAUGUCUGUUAUCAUAAAGAAAAAAGGAAGGUUUUAACUACAGAAAGUAAAUUAGCACUUAUUCAUAAAACUUCAGUGAAUUGCAGCAACAUGGAGCAAAAAUUCCCUUAUCCGUUCUUUGUAUUUGGUGAGAAAAUCAGAACUAGAGCAGUUUCUUGUAAACAAAUGUCAAUGGUCACUCCGAUACAUUUGUUAUUAUUUGGCUCAAAGAAGGUUGAUUAUAUUGAUAAUGUAGUACGCUUAGACAAUUGGAUCAAUCUAGAUAUGGACCCCAAUGAGGCUGUAGCUAUUCUAGCAUUGAGACCUGCAUUGGAAAGUUUAGUAGUCAGGGCUAGCAGUGAUCCUGAAAUGAUCAUGCAAAUGGGUGAAGAAGAUGCUCAGGUGAUUAACAUAAUUCGCGAAUUGUGUCUCAUAAACGCUGGUGAUUUUGGUAUUGAACGCGAAUUCGUUUCGCGUGGCAGUUUCCAAGGUCGACCAUUCCGUGGUGCUCCAGGUGGACGAGGAGCAGGAAAAUUUGCUCGUGGUAAUGAUAGCGGUGGUUUUAGUGGAGGCUUUGGCGGCGGUGGUUUUAACAGCGGCGGUUACAGGGGUAGAGGAAGUUUCAAUGACGGUAGAGGAGGAGGCUUCCGUGGAGGUUUUAACCGCGGCGGAUUCAAUGGUGGACGAGGAGGGUUUGGAAGAGGAGCCUUUGGGCGUGGAUAUUAGAUAUACGUUUCUUAGUUUUUAGUAUAGAUGAAUUUAAAGUAGUUUUUUUUUGUAAAACUGUUUUAAGGUUUGAAUGCUUUAGUUUUUCUGAAUGUGUAGUACGUUUUAAGUGUUUAAUGUUUAAUGUAAUUAGCGAAAUAACAAAUUAGUAAUUAGAUCUUUACUUUAUUGUACACAUAACAUACUUAUAAAUAAUUAAAUGAUCUUUAAUAUAUA